AUGGGAAGUUCCGAGCACCCGAUCUUGCAGAGCCUGCUGAACCUGGAGGCCGACUUGCAGCAGGUCUUUGAGCGGCUUGCCAGUCAGGUGCAUGACUUGCAAAAGGACGUGCAAGGCGGCGCCAGGCAGGAGCAGGUCAGCUCUGAUUGGAAUGUGCCCUCCGAACGCGUGCCCAUAGCGGAGCCCGCAGCCGAAGAGCUUGAAUACUGCAUUUCCAGCUGCGACAGUCUGUGUGAGCAGUGCGAUGCCGACGAAUGGGUCGGUGCGGUCGCGGCCGAGCCCGUGCGCCGACAAACGUCGCUGCUGCAACAAUCAACGAAGGGCGGGCUUGACCAACCACAGCUGCGACUCAGUCCACUUCUCAUGGAGCUUUCCAUGAAGAGCAAGGGCGCGCUCAACCACAUCGACAGGCACAAGAUCAGGGAAUCGAUGGAGGGAGCGGCUUCUCGGAGUCGACCCAUCAUGAAGCCCACCGCGCAGAUCCUCGAAGAAGUGCAGCAUUGCAGGACCUGUGGUGUGCUCGCGCCCGAAUCCAGACCCCGAGUGUUGUGGGACCUCUGUGGAGCAAUCUUGAUCUUGAUCGACGUGUUCGUGUCGCCAGCAUCCAUUGCCUGGGAGCUGGAAGUGACUCCCCUGAGUCACGACAUAUUUUUGGCACUGUUCUCCUGGGCAUCGCUGAUCUUCUGGUCUAUGGACAUCAUCAUGAACUUCAACACUGCUUUCUACAGCAAUGGUACGUUGCGGGUCCGGCGACGUGAGAUAGCUCGGAACUACAUCUCAAGCUGGCUUCUAUUUGAUGCGGGCGUCGUGGCUUUGGACUUCUUCGGCUUUGUGUCAGACUCGCAGGGGGAAGAUGCCAAUUAUGUCAGCUCCUUCCGAACUGCGCGCAUACUGAGAGUUCUUCGAGCGCUGCGAGUUGUCCGCAUAGUCAAAGCCAGCAGACUCAACGUAAUGGCCGAGAACAUGGUGAUUGCCAUUGGAAGGCAGUGGCUGAUCAUGGCGUUUGGGAUCGUGAGGAUGCUCAUUGAGAUCUCCAUGGUGGUGCAUGCGCUCGCGUGCGCAUGGUUCGGGGUGGGAAAGGUUCUCUCAUCCGACCCACAGGUGACCAGCUGGCUUGUUUUGAACGGUGUUCUGGCGCAGCCUGCGAUUGUGCAAUACAUCCACGCACUGCAGUGGAUCAUUCAGCCACCAUCCCCUGCGCCGUUGGAUCCUGCCAGUGGCGUGGAACGGUUCAUGCAGUUGGUCAAUGCCGUCACGACGGUGUUGGUGAUCGGAACCGCGCUGUCGCUGCUGACGGGUACAUUGCAGGAAAUUCGGAGCAUCAACGAGGAGAUGAACCGCAAGCGUCGUGAGCUGCGCAUUUACCUUCAUGCACAAUCGGCCCCUACCAAGCUCGUGAUGCGGGUCAUGAGCUUCGCGGACUACAAGCUGGCGAGGUAUUCCUCGGUCUCCUACGACCCCCUGCUCUUCUCGCCGAAGCUCCAGGCUGAGCUGGCCGUGUGGCAGAACAGGCAUCUCCUGGAAAAGCAUCCGCUCUUCGAACUGACCUCAAGCGUCUUUCCGAAGGUCUUCGCGGAAAUUUGCCGGGUCAUUCAGAAGAACUUGUACCAUGAGGCCGAAGCGGUGUUUUCGCUCGGUCUGCUUGCAGAGCAUCUGUAUAUCACCAAUGAUGGUGCCUUUGCCGUUGUCGAUCACAGGGGCGAUCUGCAGCAUUUCGAGAACGAGGUCCGUCAUUUCGCGGAGGUGGCGCUCUAUGCCGAUGUUGUGAUGCACGAUUGCACUCUGCGCGCUUCAAGCUUUGCGGAAGUCUUCACACUAAGCACGAAGCAGCUGGUCUCCGUCCUGACAAACGCGCCGAUCUGCGCAUCGAUGUUCAUCGACUAUGCGAAGGACUACAUGUUGCAGUACUCCUUGUCAAUGGUGCAGCCUGAUCGUGAUGUGAUUUCUGCGGAGAUGGACUGUGCAGUCCUGGCCGCAGAGACCAACCCGAUAUAUCUCGAGAUGGAGUUGCACACCCAUAAGCUCUUGAAGAACAUGAACCUCGCAGCCGUGAUUGACUCUUCAAAGCCAGACAAGAGGCUAAGCCCAGGGGGCUUCAUGGACUUCGUUCUCGGGGAUGAGCCCAUGGAGUCACUGCUGGACAAACUCUACCGGAGCUACAUCGAGUCGGACCCAUCUCACGGUCUGCACGCGCUCUUCGAAGAGUCACAUGGGCACCAGGGGGGACAAGAGCGAGUCGAAAGCAGCUGCGUGAGCCUGGCUGCGCUGGUUCGCGGCGACCUGGAGGCAUAUGCAUAUCCACAGCGUGAUGACGUCCGGAUCACGAGUGAGCAGUGGCAGCAGCUGCAGAGAAUCCUGCAUUGGACAUCGGUUGACCAGGACAAGCUCCAGGCCGUUUUCUUCCUGCUCGUUGCGCAUGCCAUCGGCAAGUACAGGGCGGUCUCCCGGCAACUUGCCCCAGAGCAUCAGAAGCCAGAGGCUGCGCUCCUGCACAUCCUGGACUUCUUCCCAAAUGCCGUGCCCACCGCGGAACUGCUGAGCUUAAGGGCACAGUACCUCCUGCGGGACGUGUUGCAACUGGCGACCCUCUUCAACUUUGCUCAGAUGCUGCAAGCGGAGAAUGUUCCUGGCAAUGUGCUCUCGCUGCAGAAGCACUUGGCAAGCAGAGACCAUCCCCAGGACUUGCUGCAAGUCUACAUGCUGUAUAUGCUUGGGUUCAUUAGUGGACUCGCUGGUGGAUUAGGGUCGCGCUUCAUGAACCGCCACAACGCGCGCGGAACUCUUCUCGGACUCACGGCGUUGCAACAUAUUCUGGACAAGGAUCCGAAGAUGGUCUACUGGAGCUAUGUCCAGCAACGAUGCCAGCUUCUGGGGCUUCAGGCGCAACAGCCGGAGGACCUUGCGCUGGGCCGUCUGGCGUGUCUUUGUCGAGUGCAGGGUGAGGGCGACUAUUGCCACAUCCUGCGCGCCUGGCAUCAGCUGAGUUCUGCCGAGCGGUGGAUGCUGACGAAGCACUUCGUCGCAAACGGCAUUACCACAAAUGCCAUUGUGUUCGAGUUUCUACCGCUCUGUCUGGAGCACGCCAGAAAGAAUCCAUUUGUAACUGUCCAAACACUGCUGGAGGUGCUUGUGGAGUUGAUCCAGGUGGUGCAAGCAGCUGUGAAAAAAUCGCACAGCCGAGGUCACCGCGCAGUCCAUGUGGAGCUCUCUGACUUGGCGGCAUUCAUCAUGAUGGUGCAGAACAGCUAUAUCUUUCAAAGUUGCUUGUUGCGCUCAAAGCUGCGCUUCAGGGACCCAGAUUACAUCCUCGAGUUAACCCAGGAGAACUGGGGGCGUGUGGGCGAGCCACAAAGUGAUGUUACAGCGAUGGCUAAUUCCCUGCGGGGGCUCUGGCAGCUUCAGAAAGUCUCGAACGAGACAGCUGCGCAAGCCAGAUCUGAAAACCCACCCGCUUCGACAUGA